CAGGCUAGCGGCUAUUAUACACGUGCGACCAAAGAGGAAUAACCCAGAGACGACAGGAUGAAGACUGCGAUACUGGCUGUGAUCGUCUGCGUGGCCGUGGCCCAGGCCCAGGACGUGUACCGUGGCAGGCCCUUCCAGAACCCGAACCAGGGCUUCCAGCCGCAGCAGCCACAGCAGCAGAACCAGAACGUCGACAACGGACAGUACCAGGAGCAGAGGAACCAGCAGUACCAGGAACCCGCAGGUACCCAGGGCGAUAGAAAAACCACCACCACCCCCAUUCCCAUCCUCCAGUGGAACAAGCAGCAGGAGCACGAUGGAACCUACCGCACCAGCUACGAAACCGGUAACAACAUCAUCGCCGAGGAGAGCGGAUACCUCAAGACGUUCGGCGAAGGCGAGGACCGCGGCGAAGCUCUCGUCCAGCAGGGUAGCUACUCUUACACCAGCCCCGAGGGUCAGCUGAUCACCAUCCACUACACCGCCGACGAGACCGGCUUCCACGCGACCGGAGACCACAUCCCCACCCCACCCCCAGUCAGCGAGGAGAUCCAGAAGGGACUGGACCUCAUCUACGCUGGUAUCAGGCAACAAGAGGAGGCUGACGCCCGUGAAGCCGCCCAGACCGGCAACGUCCAGGUCGACAGGCGACAGGACACCGGCAAAUACCAUCCCUAGAUUCGAUCAUCGCGAGCGAUCCAUCCUUAUCGAGCAUCCUGAAUAGUGUCAUCGAAAGCCCACUCAUCGAAACUUAGCUUUAGUGUUGAUUGUCGACCAUCUAUAGUAAUACUAUACGAAUGUUAAAUAUGUAAGAAAAUGUAAAAUUCGUGACUUUUGUAUGAGGUUCGCCAUUUGUUAUACACCCGACAAGGCAACGCAUAUUUGUUUUUUGUAUCUAACGUGUAUCCAUAUGUUACUCGUGCAAUAUUCUCAUGUAUUCCGCGUAGCAAGUGAUCUUGAGAGUUGAACUUUUAUUAUGAUUAAAUGUGAGACUUGGAUUUUUUUUCCU